AAUGUCAUCAGGAAAUAAUUAGUGGCAACAAUCUCGGUAAAUCACAAAAUGGACGUGUGGAUGGAACACAGAUCACGUAUCUAUCUAACCUUGAGACUCGAGAAAGUAACUUCUCCAGUUUUGAAAAACCGAUCUGAGGACAUAUAAAAUAGCCAUCAGCGAGAUUUCAGCACACUCUGCUUCGGCGAACUAUUAACACGGAAUCAUGAUCCUAAUAACUGUGUCUCUUUUCACACUCUUAUCCCUCUCCAACGCUGGAUUGCUGAGAUUUGAUUUUAGAAUCGUGAACGGAGAGGAUGCUAAAGAAGGAGAAAUCCCCUACCAGGUGUCCCUUCAAAAUCAGGGCAGUUCGUUCCAUUUCUGUGGUGGAUCCGUUCUUAACGAAAACUAUGUUAUCACCGCCGCUCAUUGCGUAGAGGGCAAAACAGCGCCAAGUAUCAAGGUAAUUGCUGGUACGAUAAAUUUGACUGCUCCAAAGUCUGAACACAAUGUUAAGAAAAUCAUUAUUCACGAAAAGUAUGACAAGGCUGAUUCGUGGAAGAACGACAUUGCUCUGCUCAAGGUCGACAAAUCAUUUGUGAAGUCCCAACAAAUUUCCUUUGUUCCACUUCCACCAAAGAACCAAGUUGUUAAAGCCAAUGAUAAGGGAGUAGUCUCUGGAUGGGGCAGACUUUGGCAAGGUGGUCCCACAACCGUUCACCUACAACGUGUCAACAUCAUGAUCGCUGACCAAGGAUACUGCAAAUACACUUACAAAGGCAUCAAAAACAUUUAUGAUUCGCAAAUUUGUGCUUACGACCCAAGCGUAGGGAAGGGACCAUGCCACGGUGACUCUGGUGGUCCAUUGAUUGUUAAUGGAAGACUCACUGGUGUCGUAUCUUGGUUAUGGGGUUGUGGCAAUACUUACGCUCCCGCUGUCUUCACACGUGUGUCAGCUUAUAUCAAAUGGAUAAAAUGGAAUGCCGUCUAAAUUCGACCAUCGAAAUAGAAAUCGAACGUAACAAAAGGAAAUGCGAAGAACUCAUUACGAUCAGUCAUCAUUAUGAGGAAGUCAUGAGCGUGGAGUGAAAUAUUUUCAUAAUUUGUAUAUUGAUUCCGUCACUUACCUAAUGUGUACUUUUGGAAUAGUGGAGUAACAUAAAAAUUCAUAAAAAUAUAUUAAAAGACAUCUAAAGUUAAAA